GUGGACAGAUAUCGUCAGAUAUUGGAAAAAGCCAUUCAGCUGCCGGGUGCAGAACAACUUGAAGCUUUGAAAGCUUUUGUAGAAGCAAUGGUGAAUGAGAAUGUCAGUCUAGUGAUCUCACGUCAGUUACUGACAGAUUUCUGUACCCAUCUUCCGAGUCUUCCUGACAGCACGGCCAAAGAAAUUUACCACUUCACCUUGGAAAAGAUACAGCCUAGAGUUAUUUCAUUUGAAGAGCAGGUCGCUUCAAUAAGGCAACAUCUUGCAUCAAUCUAUGAGAAAGAAGAAGACUGGAGAAAUGCAGCACAAGUAUUGGUGGGGAUCCCUUUGGAAACAGGGCAAAAACAAUACAAUGUAGAUUAUAAACUGGAGACCUACCUGAAAAUUGCCAGGCUAUAUCUGGAGGAUGAUGACCCAGUUCAAGCAGAAGCUUAUAUUAAUCGAGCUUCCCUGCUUCAGAACGAAUCAACUAACGAACAGCUGCAAAUCCAUUAUAAGGUUUGCUAUGCUCGAGUUCUUGAUUACAGAAGAAAGUUCAUUGAGGCUGCCCAAAGAUACAAUGAGCUCUCCUAUAAGAGCAUAGUCCAUGAAACUGAGCGACUGGAGGCAUUGAAGCAUGCUUUGCAUUGUACUAUUUUGGCAUCAGCAGGACAGCAGCGUUCUCGCAUGCUUGCUACACUGUUCAAGGAUGAGAGAUGCCAACAACUUGCAGCCUAUGGGAUCUUGGAGAAAAUGUAUCUCGACAGAAUUAUCCGUGGAAAUCAACUGCAAGAGUUUGCAGCUAUGCUAAUGCCUCACCAGAAAGCAACUACAGCCGAUGGAUCCAGUAUCCUGGACAGAGCUGUUAUUGAGCACAACUUACUAUCUGCGAGCAAACUUUACAACAACAUUACUUUUGAAGAGCUUGGAGCAUUACUAGAGAUCCCUGCAGCUAAGGCAGAAAAGAUAGCUUCUCAGAUGAUAACAGAGGGUCGCAUGAAUGGAUUCAUUGAUCAGAUUGACGGAAUUGUUCAUUUUGAGACUCGUGAAGCUUUACCAACUUGGGACAAGCAGAUUCAGUCACUGUGCUUCCAGGUUAACAACCUGCUGGAGAAGAUAAGUCAGACAGCCCCAGAAUGGACAGCACAGGCAAUGGAAGCCCAGAUGGCUCAGUGAUUGUGCACCCAUUGUCUGAAUGGAGGCAAUCAACUACUUGCUGUGCUGGAAGAAGGGAGCUGAGUAGGACUGUGAACCACCUUCAUUUCCCCAGCUUCUGCUUUCAGUCUGGCUUAGGACACAAUUAGGUGAUACCAUGUUUGGUGUGACAGUCCCCCAGUUCUCUGAGCAUAGAAUGGUGCUGUCGCUGCCUCUGCAUGGCACUCUGCUGUCCUGAAAGUUGUGGUUUCCAUGCAGAAGCAGCUGUAAUGUCUGCAGCAAGCUUUGGGUUUGGUUUAUUUAAUUUUGGGGGUUUUUUUUCCACUGUAUUACUAUAGCUUUGUAGCCCAUUACUUCCUAGGAUGCUUGUUCUGCUGUGAAAAUAUAAGUGCCAUGUUUAUUUUAGUUGUAAUUAUUCUAAUAAAGGCUGGAAUGGGCCA